ACCAGGUAAACACAGGUGUGUAUAGCCGAGUGUAGAGGUCGCUCUGUCAGGGCCUGUUAGCGGGCCAGGAGCUCACCAUGAUCGUCAUGUUACACGUUAAUGAGCUGGAAAACGUGUUACCGUGAUUAAGAAGGUGAUAAUAAUUCUGCAAUCUGACUACAAGACCUAAGUCAAAUUUUUGACAAGCUGAGUGAAUGACGGGUCAAAUGAGGGAAUUUUCUGGGUUUGUUCGAAACACCAGUAACACAUGGCUCCCUACUGACGGGAUCACUUUGCUGAUAUAGGCGCCUUCUUGUCGCAGUGAAGACCGAGGUGGUGAGGGACGUGACAAGCACGAUGGCCACGGACCCCGCAGACGACCCAUCCGAGGCCCCCAGCAUGGAUAUUGUGACAGUGGUGGUGCCCGUUGUUGUUGUAGCUGUUGUGCUCAUUAUGGCGCUGGCCAUCUUCAUCUACUGGUACUGCUGCAAGAGGAGGAAGGAACUGAAUAAACAGGCUAUUGCAGAGCAUGCUCUAUGUCGUCAGACUGUCAAAGAUCACCCCACUUCAGUGUACACUGUGGAAAAAAACUUCGUAAGUCCGAUCGUCGCAUUGAAUGUGACAUCUGAAAGGCGCCUGCGGUAUUCUGGGGAACCGGCUGUUUCGUCGCUGCCAACAUCCGGGCGAUCAGUAUCCUACGACUGCCUGGGAGAUCGCGACAGGUGCCAGCCAUGGCAAGGUCUUCGCAACUCCGUCGCUUCUGACAAUGGCUACUAUGUGCCUGAUGUUCUGCACUCGUCCACAUCGCAGCUGAGUCAGAGCGUGGAACCAAGACAAAGUUUCCUUCAGGAUUCAGAAUCGACACCGGAGAGAUCUCUGAGCAGUGACCACAUAGAGGCUCGCUUCUGGCCAGGUGUCGGUCGCAGACCCGUCAGUAAAGCCUCUAGUUUAGGCAGAGAUAGUGGUCUAGGAGGCAGUCAGGAGACAUGUCUAUCUUAUCAAACAGAUCUGAAGGCGUCCUUGUCGAAUUUCAGCAUGUGCUCCUCAGAGGCAGAGUAUGAUUUGGAAUUGUACUCUGAAAGACCGAAGUCCCUGCCACCUAUGUGUGGCUCUCUAGCUUCAACAGAGGUACAGAAAAUCGAGCAUAUACCACUAAGGAGCAUGUAUCCCUGUCUUCCUCGUCUCGACGAGAAUGACAAUCAGCCAGAUGUGUACAAACACAUACAGUCACUUCGAGACAAGUUUUACACCUUAAGAAACCAAGCCGGUGCCCCUCGAGACGAAGCCCCUCGUCAAAUCAUGGGAACGCCAAAUUUCGUAAUUGGAAUAUUUGGCACGGAAGGAGGGCAUCUGCAACUCUUUGACGGUUCCGCAACGCUGGCUAUUCCCCAGGACGCCCUACCCUUUGAGCAGGAGGUGUACCUGUAUGCUUAUUAUGAGAACGCCUGCAUAGAUGGCAAGUCCUACCUGAGAAGAGUGAUUGAAUGUGGGCCUGAUGGACUUGCCUUCAAGACGCCAGUGUGCCUUAGUUUUAUACCUAGACUCAUUCCGUGUGACGAGAAUGAAAGUGAAACUGAUGUGGAUCUCAAAGUAGUAUUCAAGAAUAACGAACCAGACUCAUGGCGAUCUCUAAAAAAGAGUGAAUCGUUUUUUCAUGCGCAGCACGAAUUUGUAUCAAUACAUGUGGAUCAUUUCACGCGGUUUACUGUGGAACCGGCCGGCGGAUCCGUCCAGCUGGCGGCCGGUGCUUCCUCUGCACACGUCACCAGUCCACACAAUCAGCCCACGGAGUCCCGAAAGUUCUAUGUGUCUGUGUACGUGGGGCAAGCCCUUAAUGGCGUCAACGAGUACAGGGUGUGCUUCAUAGAAAAAGAUAAGGACAAGUUACAGGCGCACAACAAGAACAUGAAUCAGGAAGGGUUCCGCUCAGCAGUUGCCUCUCCCAAGGCAUUCAGUUUGACGUCUGAAGGCCGUGAUGUUCGCAUAGAAAUACCGUCUAUACAUGGAUGUGAAUUUAAAAGCUCAAAUACAAAACAUGUGGUUCCAAUUGACGAAUUUGAUGACCAGACAGUGGAGGACAUUGGUCCUCCCUGCAGGCACUUUCUUUUGGGUUUGGCUAAACCAAAUACAGGGGGGCUCUUUGAGGUGGCUGUAUUCCAGGAGAAUGUUCAUGACAAAGUGCUGACCUUCUGUGUCAGCAUUAACCAUAACGCCAUCAAAGAUAAGUUGUCACAUGACUCUAGAGAGUUAACCCACCAAGAUGUCCUGGAGUUUUUGGCGGGAAACCGUCUGGCCAAAUACGAUCCGAACGUGUGUUUUCCAAAAAACAUGAAACUGGACAUCUGUACGAAGGUGGAGGGUUUGCAGACACACGGAUGGUACAAACUAGCGGAAGCGGCGCAAAUACCAGGAAACAAAUACAAAUGGUUGGAAUCCUAUGUCAGGGAGAAGCAUGUAACACCUUGCUAUGUGGUGUUGGACUUUAUCGAAGCCAAACUGAUCGCCAAAGAUGUAGGCAUUGGGAAAGCCUGUGAUCAGCUUACUCAAAUGUUAGACAGAUCUGGGUUCGAAGUAGCAGCUGAUUUCUGCAAAUCCUGGAAAGUUGAAUUGUUAAAACAACGGAGUCAUCACAAAGAAAAAGGAGGGCGAAUGUCCUUUGGAAGGCGAGACGAUUAUGCCAAUCUUUCACCAAGUCGCGAGGAACUAGGAACAAUCCCAGAAGAGAGUAAUACAUCUCGGACACAAACUAACACUCGCGGGGAAAAUAGUCCCGCCUCACGAAGGCCAUACAAUAUGACGCUGGAACUUCGCCAAGGGCCAAAUGGUGGUGUCGGUUUACCAUUGAGCACAUAUCACCAUUUGGAGAAGCAGUUUAGUUCGGAUGUUUCCCCUACGCUUCUCUUGGACAACUCUGGUAUGGGACAUGGAAACUCUUUACCGUCACCCAGUCAAACUCCGUUCGCCAUCAGUCGUGCACACGAUUCUAUGCCCCAAAGCACCCGAAGGCCCAAUAAAGUGCUAGUAAAGGGAAACCGCGAGAAAUCCGGGCGCAACGAUAGCGGGAUUGGUAGUGAUAUAGCUUCUCCAGUGGACUCCGAGGGAGACAGGAGCAGCCAUAUAUAAAACAACAGGAUGUAUGGCUUGCCAGAUAAACAGGUCUACAGAAAGGCAAUGUUCAGCCCCAAGCACCUAUGGAAGCUGACAAACGUCCACCGGUGGCGAAGACAUGAAGUCAGACAUGCGCAGUAUGAUAACGCCACGGUGAAUCUAACUUUUCUCGUACUGUACCACAUUGUUGUGCCUUCCGCUUCUUUAUAAACCCGUAUUAUGGACAUUCCUUUGAAGGAACAUAUUUCUUACCUGAACAUUUGCUACAAUAUGGAUGGCAGCCAUCUAUGCACAUUGUGCACAUUCUAAUUUUUUUUUAACCGUUCAAGACAAAAUCAGUGACCUAAGCAAUCUUCGCAACAAAAGCUUAACACGUUCAGCGUAGAAUAAUAAUGCCUAUCAGAGUAAAAGUAAGCAAAAAAUAUUAACUGAAACAUGGUCAUAUUUGGGCACAUAUGGGCUUCUUAGUUCGGGUCCCGCACAAAGGAAAUAACGAUCCCCGGGGAAGGAUGGGGCUUUCGGUUCCUCAAAACCCGUGAUAACAUCACCAAAGGCACUAUCCUGUUGGUCAGAGUUGAGCUAGUGCAGCGAAUAACGUAAUUCUGUUAAAAUAUAUAUACAUUCCCCAUUGCCCUUGUGAAAUGUUUGUGGUGAUUGCCCAUGACGAGCUGGAUUCCAGAAAACCUUAACACAGGAUACCACGUGAAACUUCGAGGACACCCCUCUUCAAAUGUUACUACAUUUCUUACCAGAAGACCAUAUCUACUGUUGUUUUGAAAUUUUAUACCACGUUCAUAAAAAACGGCUUUUGUGUCCAUUUUUAUUCAAGAUUUCAUAUUUUACUAUGGAUUCAGCUGCAUAUGAAAUGUUUGCGUCAAUCAGGUACUUGUACAUUAGCAAUACAUACAAUGGUUGUGACUCUCAAGUGCUUAUAUGUAAAUAUUUGAUUUUAUCGAAAAACGUUGAAAUUGUACAUUUACAGGUAUUAUAUAUAUUUACCAACUAUAUUUCAAUGAAUAUUUUGUAUAGUUUCGGUCUAGAUAUACUUUGGAAUAACACUGUAUGUAUACCAUGUAAAAAUGAUCUUAGAAAUUUUUUAAAAACAUAUUGUUUGUUGAUAGGGUUGUCAGACAUACAUAUAUAUGGGCUAUGGGCCAUGCAACGUGAACGAUAAUGCCUGAGCACUGAUACCGGUAUGCUGUAACCGUCCUUAUGAAUAUGCAGAUUAUCUUAUCUCGUCCAGUCAUAUAAAGAGUUCUAUAACUUUCUCAAUUUCGUCCUCAACCCAAGCAGUGCGUAGGUUAUCUGUCUUGUUUCGUAUUAGUCGAGUGUUGGCUCCAGUGUGACUUACAACUAUUUAUGCAUCACAAGCUGUCCAUUUAUAUUCCUUUUUACAUACAGGUUGUGUUUGCCAUUGGUAGCAACGUGUUUAACAGCUGGGUUUUAAGCCAAGAUUCGAAUAAUAUUCUUGUACAGAAGGGUAAACAAAUAUAAUAAACAUAAUAAAAUUA